GAUCAUAGCUAAAAACGCAUCGCGCCGACGAGGACAAUAAGACGCGGAAAUUAAAGGAAAGAUUUCAAGUAUCGAAGGCUUCUAUACACUAAAGUGGAUCACAAACCUAUUCAGCAGCCAAUCAAUAUGGAAUCAAUUAUUGAGUUGUUAAUGGACCUCCCAUCAAGAAUGGAAAAGUUGGCUGGAAACGUCUUCACAUGAGCAUUUAUUUGCACCACAAUAAUGCCGUGUGCGACUUCUAUUCCGUGAGCUCUCUGCCGAACGCAUACCCUACUGAUGCUCGUGAACAAGUAGAGGCAAACCUGGUGCAGUAUCUGAGAAAAACAAGAGCUUACAUGAAUACCGAUAAAAUGAAAGAAGAAUGACAAAAGCCGAAGAACCAGCUGGAAGAUCGGUAAAGAGGAGACAAAUUAAAAAGCGAACUAUCGAGUUGAAUCAACACAGGGUAGAGGAUCCCAAUUCCAAUGAUGAAAAUAAAGAGCUAGAUACGUCUACCCUUAAAGAGGGUGAAAUUCAGAAAUCGCUGAUGAAGCAAAGCUGAAAAAAGGAUUGAUUAUCUGCAGACAGGGUUGCGCGCAAUCCAGAUGGAGUUAUAAAGCAAAAAUCGUCACAUUUAUAGUUCUACCCAGACCAAGAUCCGGACAACCUUAUAUGCAUAAUGCCAAAGCUAAUACCGCAUCUAUGAAGUACUUCUGCUGUAUACGGCUAAAAAAUUUUAUACACAUGCCUAUCUUUUAUUUUUUUUAUAUGUAUAAAAGUUGCUCGAACCACCUUAAAAAAUUUUAAAUUGAAAAAUUGACAUUGUUUUCUUCUACAUGGCAAAUCCUACGUUUUAGUUAUUUCUUUGAUGACUAUAGUAUACUUACGGCAAUGAAUCGGAAUUUUUUCGACAUCAAGAAAAAUUGCACGUAACUAUCACGUUUGUCCAUAAAUGAGUAAUGACAGCAAUAUAAAACCGACGCUUGGGAAAAAAGGGUAUAUCAUGUAUGUGCAGAUUACUUACAUUAUACACAAUAUAAAGUUUAGUACGCGCUCUACAGUACAGUCUCUACAAAUAUGGCGUAAUGGAUCACACUAUAAGUGCAGAGAAAGGGAAAAUGAGCACGUUGCAGUUGGAGAGGGAAAGUUAAUCAUCCAAUCUUGCAGAAACCGCAUGCGUCGUCUGUGACUGAAUAAGUGGAUGCAGUAGUGCUCAAGUGAUGAUUUGCAUCGGAUACAUACGUCGACAGAACUCAAUGAAAAAAGUAUUAAAAACUAUCUAUUUAUUAUAAGAUGUUCUAAAAGUUGAAUUUUUAGCGCGAUAUAGAAAAUUAAAGAUACGAUAUAUAAAAUAAAAUCGGGGAUGGAUUCAGAACUGGAUCAAAUAUUAUGCGAAUGUUUGUCAGAAGAUGUUCCAAUAAAAUGUAUCAAUUAUAAAGGAUUAUUUGUACCUGAUACGUAUCCUGUUAUAGCCGAUUCUGUCGAAAAUUUCGAAGUGCGCGAUGAUGAUAUUUGGGUUUGCAGCUUUCCGAAAACAGGCACUACUUGGGCUCAGGAAAUGGUUUGGAACAUAGCAAACGAUUUGAAUUUCGAACAAGCCGCACGAGAGCCACUUCCUGAAAGAUUUCCGUUUCUCGAAUUUACAGGAACUACAACGACAGGAUGGGUUUCAAUCAGAAAUCCAAUGGGCAGACAAUUUCCUAACAUAUUUGCAAAAAGCGUUGAAAAUGCUGCGAGACUUCCGAGUCCUAGAUUUUUAAAAACUCAUAUGCCUUAUCACCUAUUGCCAAGACAAUUACGCACGCGAGAUAAAAAAUGCAAAAUUAUUUACAUAACGAGAAAUCCAAAAGACACAUGCGUUUCUUACUAUCACCACUACAAGAUGCUCGAAGCAUAUUGCAGCACAUUUGAAAAUUUUUGUAAAUUAUUCUUAGGCGAUAAAGUUUACUACGCACCAUUUUGGGAUCACGUUAUUGGAUUUUGGUCAAGAAAAGAAGACAAAAAUAUUCUAUUGUUGAAAUAUGAAGAUAUGAAGGCGGAUCUUCCUUCAGUAAUCCGAAAAACUGCAAAUUUUCUCGGCAAAAAUUUAAGUGACGAGAAAGUGAAAACCUUAGAAGAACACCUAAGUUUUCGUAAAAUGAAAGACAACCCGUCGGUCAAUUUGGGACUGGCUGUGCAUACGAUAAACACGAAAAAAAUUUUCGGUCAAAAUUUCACCGCCGAAGGUGAAUUUAUUCGAAAAGGAGAGUCAGGCCAAUGGAAAACUUCGAUGUCGCAAGACACUAUCAAGCAAUUCGAUGAUUGGACAGCACGAAACUUGAAGGAUUUACCGUCUAAAUGAUUUUAUAUGAUGGUAAAAUAAAAAUUAAAUAUUACGGGAUGUAUAACAAAUAACGUGUUUAUAUAAUAGGUACUUAUAAUAAAUAAAUGAAAAAAUAUUCCAAGAA